AUGAAACAAUCUUCUACCAAAUCCCAGUCGAAACAGGCUUCAAAAUCACCUAAGAAAAAGGAGACAAAGCAGAAAUUUUCUAUUGAAUUGCGAUCCAAAGGAUCACCGAGCAGAUCAAAAAUGGAAUCUUCUGAAAGUCGAAAAUCGGCUAGUAAAAGUCCAAGUCGCAGUUCAAGAACUCCUGUAAGACAUGUUCAGAAAAAAUCGAGGAGUCGUUCCCAUAGUCGUGGAAGAAAAAUCGAUUCGCAAAGAAUGAAGCCUAAGGUGCAAGCAAAAUCGCGACCAUCCUCUCGUUCUCAAAAAAUUAUCAAAUCUAAUAAAAAUCUCAGUAAAAGUUUUUUUUUUGAUAGACCUAAGAUUUCCAUUCCAUCAUUCGGUACGGAUAGCAGAUAUGGUAAAAUUUAUGUAAGCACAGAAAAGAUUAUACCCUCAGAUGAUUUACACCUUCGAAAAGAUAAUAUGUCACCAUCGGGAAGUCUAUCGUCACGUCAGCAUGUCUUGGAUUCGGCAGAAGAAUUACUUCGUCGUCGUACUUUUGAACCAUUACAUGAAACAAUGCGAUCUGCACCAGCUUUUGGUUCUCGUACUCCAUCAGCAUCGCCAAAAAAAGUCGAAAGAAUACUCGAAAAGGCACCUUCACGUAUGAAAGCUCAUUUUCGUCGUUUCGGCCUUUUCUACAUAAUUGUCUUCUUACUUUGUGCUGUCGUUUAUAGCGUCUAUUCGUCUGGUCAUCAACUUGAAAAGACUCUUAAAGAACUGCAAAACAGGAUGAAUGAUUUUCUCAUCCGUGAUCCAAAAGAAUAUUAA